UUUUAAGUACACAUAAUGUUUUAAAAAGUCUAUAAAGUGCACAUAAUGUUAUUUAAUGUUUUCAUAGUUCAAAAAUCGCUUUUAUUCGUUUUUGUAACUUCUUCAUGUUCAGAAAGUUUACUUGAUAGUGUAUUUUGGGAGCUCAAACCAUUCAUAUUUAGAAAUAAUGAUGGGAAAAUAGACGGCAUGAUUCCAAGAAUAUUUAGUGAGGCUCAAAUUCAUUGUGGCAAUGAAAGUAUUAACAUAAUGAACUUUACAAAACUUUUAUCCUCGAGGAAAGAAUUCCUAAGUAUUUUGUAUUCUAAAAAAAAAUAUGGAGAGUUUGAACUUGCAGGUAUCACUCAACAUAAGUCUGUAUGGUUUCCGGAUGACUCUUAUGUAGAUGAUAAAGAAUUAGAAAGAAAAGAAUAUGGAUCUUUUAGGGGUCAGCGUUCUUUUGUAAUUAUUAAAUCUGAAAAAAUUGCAGUCAUUGUGCCUCGUUAUGUUAUUUCUUUACCAAAUAAAAUGCUGCUUGGGAUUAUGAGUUGUCGACAAAUUCUACUUCUUGUUUUGUUGUUAGCAAUAAUAUUUGGAGUUCUCAUAUGGAUUGCAGAAUUUUCAUGUAAUCAACAGUUUUCAAAAUUUUUUGUGAAAGGGGUAGGCACUGGUUUUUGGUGGAGCUUAGUCUCUAUGACUACUGUUGGGUAUGGUGAUGUUGUGCCUAUAUCAAUACCUGGAAAAAUAAUUGCAUCAAUAUGGUUGUUUUUAGGUGUUAUUAUUGCUUGUCUUGUAACUGCAACAGUCACUGAAGUCAUUGAAGGGGUUAAUGAUUUAAAUAUAUAUGAAAAAACAGUUGCUGUUCUUGAAAGUUCCUAUGAAUUAAAAGUGGCUAGAGAUGUUUAUGGUGCUGUGGUAGUGCCUGCUGAGUCAUAUGAAGCUGCAUUAAAAAUGGUUCGAAACGGUCAAGUGUUUGCUGCUCUAAUUAAUGAUGAUGUUGCUGCAUGGCUUCAAAAAGACAUUGAGAAUGAUAGUCAAGAUAUUCCAUUGCGUGUUAUAAAUACAUUGCCUGCAUCUUUAUACAUAAAUGCUCAUAUUUCCAUGAACUUAUCUGCUGCAGCUAAAAAAGUAUUUAAUUGUAUGUUUGAAAAGGAUGAACAAGUUUAUUCCUCAUCUAUUAGCCAUUUUCGAAGAACUUGUCACACUGAGACAUUAUAUGUUGACUCAAUUUCAGAUAUGUUUCAGAAAAAUAUAUUAUAUCAAAUUAUAGUUGGUUUAUUAUUUGUUUUUAUAAGCUUUGGCUUAAUAUUUGAAUUAUGGGUGCGUGGUGGUAUGAGCAAACAAAGUAGUGCUCAAACACCUUUUCUUGAUGAGAGUAUAAUAGAGACUUCUCUUUUUAAUUAAUAAUUAUAAUUUGUCAAGUUUU